UCAGAUGUUCUGAAUGACGCCAUCUUUGAUGAAGAUCAUGAUGAGAUGGUAAUUGUGAAGGACAUAGACAUGUUCUCAUUGUGUGAGCAUCACCUCGUUCCAUUUGUUGGAAAGGUACAUAUUGGUUACCUUCCUAACAAACAAGUACUUGGCCUCAGCAAGCUUGCUAGGAUUGUGGAAAUAUACAGCAGAAGAUUACAAGUCCAGGAGCGCCUGACCAAGCAGAUUGCAAUAGCCAUCACGGAAGCCCUGCAGCCUGCUGGAGUUGGAGUGGUGGUUGAAGCCACGCAUAUGUGCAUGGUAAUGCGUGGGGUACAGAAAAUAACCAGUAAAACAGUAACCAGCACAAUGUUGGGGGUGUUCCGGGAGGAUCCAAAGACCCGUGAAGAAUUCUUGACACUCAUCAGGAGCUGA